GUGUGUGUGUCGAAAUCAAGCACAGGAAAGAGAGCAAGAGAGAGAGAGAGAGUCUUACAACAGCCAGUAGGCACUCCUUUAAGCUUCAUCUCCUGCUCCCAAUUUCUCCCACACACAAGGCAUAUCAAGGUCACAAUUGGUUUGAUGUCUCAAUGGCUGAAAUGAAUGGAACACAGCUGGCUGUCCAUUCAGGAAACCGGCAGAUGACUGGCACCAACAGCUCUUGGAAAGAUGAGGCAGGGAGGGGGAUACAAAUAACAGCUACUCUGAUCAUCUUCCUGGUGGGUGUGCCUCUGAAUGGGCUAGUGGUUUGGGCCCUUGGACUGCGUGGUCGUCGUCACCUGGUCCGCAGAGGCAGCAAUGAGGAGACUCGAGCUGCCAGCAGUUUCCGACUUUACGUGAUUAACCUGGCCCUUGCUGACCUUGUGCUACUGCUGCGCACCCCGCUCAUGGUGGGCUAUUUGGCCAACAACAACAGCUGGCCUUUCAAUCGUGGUUUCUGCCAACUGAUCAUAUUCCUGCGAGGCCUGGGGUUAUACGCCUCCGCUUUCCUCCUCUGUGCUGUGGCCAUGGAACGAUGCCUGUGUCUGCUGAAGCCUGUGUGGGCUCGACUGCGUCGCCCUUACUGGGCUGUUCCUCUGGCAUGUGCCAUCUUGUGGAUGAUAGCUGUAGUCUUGUCUGCCCCUUACUUCUACAGUGCCAACUUGUUGGAAAGCAACGGGACAUAUCACUGCGUGGAGAGUUUAAAAUUUGAAAUGGGGCUGUUUGUCGCAGAAACAGUAGCCGGUUUCAUCUUGCCCUUUUUGGUGUUCUUGGGAAGUAACCUGGCGGUUUUAGUCACAGUUCGCCAGGCAAUGCCAUCAACACCCACUUCUUCACACCCCUCAACAGCCCGCAGGAUGACCAGGAUGUACCAUAUUAUGUUCAUCACUAUGCUCCUCUUCAUCACCUGCUGGGUGCCCUAUUUUGUUUGUCGGUUCCUGAGGGCUUUGGCCGAGGGACAUCCUGACCGAGUUGUGCUGUACAAAAGAGCACAUUUUGGCACAUACAUAUCUCUGUACCUGGUGUACCUCAAGAGUGCUCUUAACCCCGUGCUGUAUGUGUUCGCUGCCCGAGGCUUAGGCAGCGCCAUCAAAGCUUCGCUUGUUUCCACUAUUGAACGACUUUUCAACGACGACUCCAUGGAGUCCAUACGACGCAAGUCCUUGAAGAACUCACUUAAGAAUUCACAGAUGUAGGCAAGAGGUUGGCAGGGUUUUAAUGUUGAAAUGUUUUUGAUCUUUCUAAAUGUGACCGAGAAUAUUUCAACCUUUAUCUCAUGAGAAAGUUGCUUGGGAGAUUAAAAAGGUGAAAGAAAAACCCCCACAUAUUAUCUUACUUGCUCUAAUAUAUUCAUUGGCAACAGUCUAUUCUGAAGCUUCAGGAGUCGGUUUUGAUGAUAGUCCAGCACUGAAUUGUUGCAAAUAUAUCCAUUGGACUGUGUUAAAUUUGUUUUAUGUUUUUAUAAUGUGUCAAACAUU